UAUGAAUCGACUCUUGUUCAUACACUCGCGCCGGGUGGCGGGUGAUAGAUUAAAUUACAUAUAUUUAAAUUUUUAAUUUCUUUUUUUUUUCUUAAAAUGUCUCUUGUUUAUGGAAUUUAGUGGAGUAAUCUGAAGUUUUACGUAAUUCCUGUUUAAACUAAUAUAUGAACCAUGUGGAAGGUACACUUGGCUUCAUGUGUGCUAGUCGUUGUAAUCGGCUUCGCCUCGACUCAGGAUCCUAACUGUGAUUACAGUCAAAAUGUCCAGCCCGGGUACACAUAUUAUGUGAAGAAUAAGAAUUACCCCUACAAUUAUACGCCCGGCGUCCAGUGUAGGUGGAUUCUACAAUGUCCUAAUGGGUACAACUGUCGGCUGGACUGUAACAGCAUUGACAUACCUUAUACCCAAUCAUGCACCAUGGACCGCCUGUUGAUUUCCAAGAGCGGGGACCCUCAAUUGUCAGCUGCUGACUACUACUGCGGCAGGGGAACCGUCUCGGCGGUGUCAACUGGGCAGUUUAUGUCUGUAGGUCUGAUAACUUCGUACAACAGUCCAGGCGGGACCUUCUACUGCCAGGUGACUGCGCAGCCCGCGUCACCACCUCCCGAUGUCUGCUCCUGCGGUUAUAGAAAAGUUACUCGAAUAGUUGGCGGCAAUGAGACUGGCGUGAACGAGUUCCCAUCCAUGGUCGGCAUCGUGCUCGACGUGUCAUCAGCUCAGAUCCAAUGUGGAGGUGUGAUCAUCAGCAAGAGAUACAUCCUGACGGCUGCUCAUUGCGUGAGGAACAGGCAGCCUGGCAACAUGGCGGUGGUGGUGGGAGAACAUGACGUCACAGUUGGCGACUCGCCCGCGACCACGGCGUAUAAGAUAGAUGACUAUCUAGUUCACCCAAGAUUUGACUCGUCUAACUACGACUAUGACAUAGCGAUCAUUCGAGUAACACAGGACAUACAGUUUGGUAAUCUUGUUGGUCCAGUGUGUCUGCCUUUCAAAUUCGCGAAUGUGGACAUGACUGGGAGCAAGCUGAUUGCUUUAGGCUGGGGCACUCUCUUCAUAGGCGGACCUACAUCCGACGUUCUUCGGAAGGUGAAACUGGACGUCAUCAGUCAGAGCCAGUGUCAGUCGGCUGUCCCCCAACUGACUCCAAGACAGAUCUGCACGUACACUCCCGGGAAAGACGCUUGUCAAGAUGACUCAGGCGGUCCUCUACUGUACUCGGACCCCUCGACAGGGUUUCUAUUCAGUAUCGGCAUAAUCAGCUACGGACAGCUCUGCGCGACUGAAGGCAACCCGGGCGUCAACACUAGGCUCACGGAGUUUCUCAGUUGGGUUCAGAGUAACACUCCCGACGCGGAGUAUUGUAGGAAAUAAAGAAAGUUUCGGAUGUA